UCUGUCGAAGGGUCAUGAGGACUCGAAACGUCAACUCUUUUCUUCUCCGCCGAUGCUGCCAGACCUGCUGAGUUUUUCCAGAAUGUCCAAUCAGCAAGGAAGCAUCACAUCUACUUCAGCUAAGCCUGUGCAAUCUGAAUCUGGCGAAUCUCAGUGCACCGAAGAGAAUUUUUAUAGAAACUGCAGAGCAGCUUACCUGACAGUAUUCGGAACCAGUUUAGAGAAUAUCAUUUCCAAAGAUCAACUCUGUCUAGUGCUCCAGCAAGCUGGAAGAAAUCCUUCCAGAAAGACACUUGGGAAGUACUGGACUCAGUAUACCACGAAAUUAAACUUUGACGACUUUUGUGAGAUCUUGAAGAACGAAAAACUCACAGGCAAGAAUGAAUUGACGAAAGCUUUCAAGAAGCUCGACCUAAGUAAUGAUGGCUACAUUAUGCACGAGGAGCUUUAUAAAGUUCUCACUACUAAAGGCGAGAGGAUGACACAUGAAGAGGUGAAGAUGAUCAUGGAUGAAGCUGAUGUUAACAAUGAUGGAAAAUUGGACUAUAAUGAGUUUUGUAAACUAUUCCUGGCAACUGUUGAAAGAAGUCAAAAGACUGCAGUAGCAAGAUUAGAAGCUAAUGCCAAGAUGAAGCAGCAACAGUUUGGAAGUUUGACAGCUGCUUCACUGCAGUGUUCUUUCUUGCCUUCAUCAAAAUCAUUGCUGGGAACUUCUCGAAAUCCAGAGACAGAAAUAAUCCCCAGAAAAGUUGAUAGCAGACUUUCAUCAAGACCCUCAUCUGCUCGAAGUCGCAAGGCCUCAAUUUCUUCUACCAUCAGUAUGGGAGCUACCAGUACAAAAUGUCUGAAAUUAACAGAGCCCAAAGCAAUAAAGAAUUGGCAACAUGCUUGGUCAAAGGGAUGUUUUUUCCUGGAGGAAGAUGGUGGAAUUGUCAGUCAUCGGUAUAGACUGGAAUUGCAUCAAACAACAAAUGUUUUUCUCACCAUCAGACCAUUAAAUCUCAGCCAAACUGAAGAAAAAUUAUCGCCCUGGAUGGAUGUGGAUACUGCAUUAUAUGUUUUGAAGAACGCUGAUGGUUCUGAAGCUCUGGAAGUCGUGUGUGCCACAGAAUUAUGGGAAAAAGAGAAGUUUGGGUGGAAGGGAGAGCUUCGUUCUGGAGUUUAUCACCUCCUCCCUUUCACCAGUGGCUGCAGACUAAGGAAGAGGAGGAAAUCAGUGACAAGAGAGGCCAGGCUGGUCCACAGAGAAGAUGGUAACCUAGCACUCACCAAGGAGUUCAGGGCUGCUCUCUCAGACAUCUUUGAAGUCAUCGAUUUAGAUGGCAAUGGCCUACUGAGCUUUGAAGAGUAUAAUUUCUUUGAGUUGAGGACCAGUGGAGAGAAAUGCGACAGUGAGGCCUGGGUUGUGUGCCAAGAAAAUUUUGACACAAAGAAAAAUGAGCUGACACGCCAGGGCUUCAUGGACUUGAACCUAAUGGAAGCCAAUGAUCGGGAUGGUGAUCCAAGAGACCUCUGGGUGACACUUGAAUCAAUGGGUUACAGCAAAACACUAGAAAUGCAUGAGGCAUGUCCUUUUGUAAUUAAUAUCCAUGCAGAGGAAAGCCAACUUAAGCUGACACCAAUCAGUCUGAAAGUGGGUGGAAGCCUUCUCAACUCAGCUAUAAGCAAAUCUGUCAUAAGUAAGGGAGAAGCAAAAACCAUGAAGAAUUAUAACAACCUGGUGAUUCACAUCUACAAGACUGAAACACGAAUCACUUCAGUCAUUGAAAAUAAAUCUGAAACAAAAGUGAUUGUCCAUGUCAACAAUGAACAGAAUAAGAACUGUGUCAGCAGUCGAGGGCUAAGUAUUUUUGCAGUGGAAGUAGCACCAAGGUCAACUACAGUCUGCCAGCAUGUGAUGCCUGUCAAUGAGAAGCUGGAAUGGAUUUAUUGCUGCACAGAAAGUGUUGUGACCUGAAAUUAAGCACAAGAAAUUGAGCUGCAUUAUCAAGCAUCUGGGUGGCUAUGGCUCUGUGUCCAAAGUGUGAAGUUAGAAUGACACUUUUGUAUGUAUGUCGUUUAAUGUAUUUUUAAUUGAUCUCAUUUAUUUGCUGGCUAAGUAUUUUGUAUAAUUAUGGUUCUAUGGAAUAUGGCAUUUACAUAUAAAAAUGGAAAUUGUUAAUGCUGAGUUGUGAAAUCACACUACACAAGAAAUGCUUUUUUUGGGAGGAAGUUACUAUAGUUUGAUAUAAUGUGGCAUUAUGUGUUUGUGAAAGUUACCUAAUUAAAACAACACAAUUCUCACUAAAGUGAGAUUAAUGCUGGCCUAAAAUCAUAGGCAUUAGAGAGCAACAUUGGAGGAUAUCUCAUGACCAGAUGGUCUCCAGGCCAUCCAUCAAUCCAGUCCAUCUGCUACUGCUGAAGUGAGUUCUGUCGGGCUUUUGGCCAGGCCACCAGAUGCGGUGUCUCAUGUUUGCAAGAUAUUCGCCAUACUAAAACUGAAAUUGAUAUUCUAUAAUGCUGCACAACAUGGCCUCUUCUGUCCACCUGUACGCUAUGUGCAAUAAAUGGCAGCCUCAUAGGAACUUUUGUUAAAACUAUUGCACCGAACCAGUGAAAGCAAGCUGCAUGCAGGCAAUAUGCCUUUGUGUCACAGAGAGAUCAUCUGUGCAAUGAAAACAAAAUACAUUAAUUUAUGUACAUUACAGAAGCGUUUAGCAAUAUAAUGGAGAGAUUCCAAAAAUGGAACAAAAAUAAAACUAGCUGGAUAAACUCAGCAGGUCUGACAGCAUCUGCGGAGAGGAAUACAGUUAAUGUUUCAAGUCUGUAUGACUCUUCAUCAGAAUUAAAAAAUGGAAGUCUGAAAUGAAAAUAGGUUAAUGUUCCAGGUAGAGAUCUCAUUUUAGUCUAUUUCUCACGUUACAAAAUUAAAAUAGUACCACAAAAAUCUACAAACAGUUGGUGCUUCAAAACAUAGCAAAUAUUUCUAGCAGGCCAUAUAGUACCUGCAGAAAUAGCAUAAAAAGUAGCCUGUUGCAGACAUUGAUUCUGUUUGAAAACUGAAAAGUUGACAGUGCCCCUUUAAUGGCUUUUCCUAUGUAAUUACUCUUUCAGUUGCUUAUUCUCAGCAAGUCUUCAUACAUUUAUAAUUGUGAAGCUUCAUAGGAAAGCACUUAUUAUUUCAAAUGUUUAUCAACAGCAUUUUAUACUAUUGCAGUUGUAGUUUUUCAGUUGCAUUUUGUUUGCAAGCAUAUUGUGCCCUCACCUUCUGGAUCUUGCUCCUUAAAUGAAUAGAUGUAAGUCUUCUGCUGGUAUGGAAAGAUCUCAUGUGAAUUAACUUGGACAGUCUCAGCCCACUUGCAGUGGACACCAGCCUGCACAAAAACACUGCCUCAAAAUUGACCAUGUAGAUUGGUUGAUGGGUAAGUGUCAGACUAGUGCAGUAUUGCAAGGUUACAUCAGAGCACCUAACCUUGACACACUUAAUUUUAGUGCCCUUGAUGCUGAGACUGGAUACUCCAAAAAUAAAGUAAUAACGCUAACAUCCUUUGCCCUGACAAACACAAAGAUUCACAGAAGAGAAAUACAUAUAUGAUCAUGUUCUAGAUAACUUGCAGCUUUUUAGCUACUAGCUAAUUGUUUUCCUAUAUAUGAAUAUACAUAAAAUAUUUCAGAAAUAA